AUGAUGGUGAAGAAGGGCGUCCAGAGAAAGUGGGUGGUGAUAGCAGUGGCAGUGUAUCUACUCAUCAUGUGCAGUGGUAGCGUAUAUGCUCAUCAUGCCUCUUUGCUUCCUGCUCAACAUGUUCCCGAUGCCCCUGGUGGAAGCGAAGAAGGCAAGAUGGGAUCCCCAAGAAAAGCGUUAGGUGGUCGUGGUGGGUUCAAACUCAAGGGGACAAUUACUCUUGAUUCCUACGUUGAUUUAGGGAAGAAGAAGAAGAGGAAAACAGUGGAGUCGCGGAGCCUAAGGGCAAGUGCCAUCGGGUCUCUACCAUCGCCGCUUUGCAAUUAUGGCUGCAGCCAAGCCAUUAUGGCCCCUCUUUAUCCAAUAACUUAGACAUCCAUAUCAAUUUCGACCAAAAAAAAAAGGACAUCCAUAUCAAUAACUUAGUAUCAUUUUCCUUUCUUUGCCCAUGAAAUGUCUAUACCAAGUCAUUAUCAACGCUUGUUGAUCUCUCUAAUGUAUAUUGUGUUCCAUUACUGCCAGAAGUAAUGGAAUUGGCCUUGAGAAGCCGAUGACCAGUUGGCCCAUAAUAGAUGUAUAACAGUUGGGCCUGUGGGUCAAUCUUAGUCUAAAUGGUAUUGAUCCAA